AUGGCGCGCAUCAUCGAUUUGAAGCAAACAGAAACGGGUGCAAUCCGAGAAGCACAACUCAAGCUACCGAGCGGACGUAUCAUAAGAAGACCAAUUAACUUACUAAUUCCGCUUGAGCUGGAAGACAGUCCGGCAGAGAAACGGUCCGGCACAAAUGAUGAAACGGAGUCGCCGAANCAAUCCGAGAAGCACAACUCAAGCUACAGAGCGGACGUAUCAUAA